GGAUGUCCGAAGCAAUUCGCCGAUAUAUUCGACUAUCUGUCAAUGUUGAAUUACUUGAAUCGUCCAGAUUAUGAUAUGAUCGCAAGGAACUUUGAGUCAGCGAUGCGAAAACGAAACAUCAAUAAGGAUGCACCGAUCGAGUGGAAUAGUGAUCGUGUUGAACGAAGUGUUGUCGUUCAUACAAGCAAAGCGAUGAGUGAGACCAAAGCAGUGGCCGAUCACGAUCACACCACAGUCGACGACCCAACUAAUCCGAGACACCCGAUCCAACCGUACCGCAAACAGCUCAUGAACGUUGCAGCAUGA